AUGGAUUGUCCAUUAAGUAAAGAGUUAUGCGAUCAUAUAAUUUCUAGUCGCGAUGUUAAGUAUACUACCAUUGAAAGAAUUGGACCUAUUGAAGAUAUAAAACCAUAUAUAGUUAUUAGAGAAAGUGAUAACUUGUUUAUAGGUAUAACCAAGAAGAAUUACUUAAGAUUGUUUAAAGAAGUUCAUACAUAUUGGCACGAACAAAUCCUCACUAAGGAGAUUAAUUAUGAGGAAUUAAUUGAGAAAAGUUCUCAGGAAGAACUUCUCACUUUAUAUUAUUUUACAAUUGGGUAUAUGUUAACUACUCAUGAGAAUCAUAGUAUAAUUAAUAUCCAUGAAUUAGUUGUUAUGGAACUAUAUAAGACAAAUGAUAAAGAAUUUUCAGUUGAAUUUAUUGAGAAUGAAAUUCAUAUAAUUUUAACUUUUAUAUCGAGUAGACUUAGCAAAAUCAAUAAAAGUUCAUCAUUAUGGUUUUGGCUUAAGAAAUUAACAAUUUGGACGAUAUUAGAUCCUUUAAUUUCUGGUAAAGAUGUUCAACACGAUGGUGAAAUAUUAAUUUUAAAAUCAUUUCGAAGUUGUCAGUUACAUUUUGCAAAUUAUUAUGCUAAUAACUUUUUAAGAUGGUUAUCAGGUAUUCUUCUCUAUGUUACUAUUAGUAUAGAUAAUCAAGUUGCAAAACAAAUAGCCAAUAAGCUCCUAGAGCUUGAAUGGAUUCAAUUAAAAACCAUUUGCCAUAGUAACUUAUCUGAUAGUUCCACUUGGGGUUUAAUGGAAUAUCAGAUUAAACAACAGGGUCAGUAUGCCUAUAAUAUGAAGAUAGUUCUUGAUGAAUAUAAUCGUAUUAUUGGAAUACUUAAUAACAAUGGUAUAAGGUACAUUAAUGUCGUUAAUUCACUGGAAUUUACAAGCAAAAGCAAAAGCAAAAGCAACACUAGCGGAGAAAUAGAUCAUAUAAUACUAUCGGAAUUGAAAUGGUUGGUUGAUAUCGAUUGCUCGGUAUUAACCCCAUUUGUUUCUUUAAUACGGCCUAUGUUAGAACUUAAGUAUAGCAUUAAGAGUAUAACUACAGUAGAAAGUAUAGUAAAUUCUAAGGUUCAGGACUUGAAUAAAUUACUUGAAGAACAUCCUGAUGAUAAAUUGAGUGGAUGGUAUGCCAAGCAAUCGGACUUGGUUAAAUUAUUUAAUAAACUCAUUAGUCUUUUACAGGAAGUCAAGCAAGUAACCAGUUCGUAA